AUGCCACUGAAAGAAAGCAAUUUGUCGAGCACCAAGAAAAUACCUGGGCUUGAUACCCCCGAGUACUGGCAGAGCGUGUUUGAUGUCCCUGGUGAAGAAUCCUCAGAUUGGGACGGCAACUUCGACGAAGAGAGUGACUAUGAAGCAUCUGAAGAUGAGCAAAACCGAGAAGUCGAUGAGCCCGUAUACAACGGGAGACAAGGUUGA